CACCAGUGUCGUUGUAUAUAACCGACUGGACUGCUGUAGUACACGGGCAAGGAACAUUACACUGACAAUCGGUAAAAGUUUGGACUCUAUGAGUAAGGCUGGAUACCUAGAUGGCGGGUUGACCACUCAUACGUUCACCGUUGACCCAUCAUUGGUAGGACGUUUCGUGCAAUUGCAGCUGAAAGAGAUAACGGAAUUUUUCCAUCUAUGUGAGGUAGAAGUCAUGGCAUAUCCCUCAGUAACCCAUUCGAAAAUCACAAAACGAAUCUUUGAUGCAAGCAACGAAGAGGAUGGGAUAAGUUCUGAAUUAACAAACUCAACUCCAAUUGUUCAUGUGGGUCAGAAAUUGAGGCUACAAUGUACGGCCAACACUGGGACUUUCAACACAUCGGUGCAAAUUGUUUGGAUGAAAAGCAGUCUUGAGAACGGUGGCCAUCUUGCCCCUUUUUCCUCGGAUAAACAAAUAAUCGGAGAACCGAAGGAUUUUGGCUUGUAUUCAGUCGACGGAAACAGAGGUGUUUUAAGUAAAACGACAGCUAAGGAGUUUCCUAUAAAUACGACAGUUAUAUCGGGAACUAUUGGAGGUGUUUGCGCUUUGAUUAUUCUUGGAGCCGCCGGGAUUCUCCUGAGGAGAAAUAUCUCCAAUGGCUGCUGUCAUAGAGCUGGUACUUGUUCAUUGUUUGCAGGUUUUAUUUAG